AUGGACCAUGAGAAUCAGUACAAUUACCAACGGAUCGACCUGUCUACCGAUGCCAUUCGACUGGGUGUGCCUUACGGAGCCUUAUCAUAUACCUGGGGCGAUUCUCCCGACGCAUACGAAAUAUUCAUCAACGAUCGGAAGUCGCUUGUCAAGGAAAACCUUCACAUGGCCCUCCUCGCUCUACGGCAGACGGACGAAGACAGACUGUUGUGGAUCGAUGCCAUUUGCAUCGACCAGGACAAUGACAAGGAAAAGGGCCAUCAAGUCGGGCAGAUGAGACAGAUAUACGAGAACGCUGAACAAGUUCUCAUAUGGCUUGGCCCCAGCAACCGCGGAAUCGAUUCUCUCAUGGAUUUGGCUAGACGGUGGGAUUACCAAACAAGCCAACGACCAGGAGCCCAUCGCGCACAGGGUUGGAUCGAUUCUUGGAUCAAGCUCACUGCUGACGAGACCGGUCCGUACAAAGAGGAGCUUACCGCUAAUCUCGAAACAUUGCUCGUCAAGUUUGGGACGAGUAAAGCAACUGAUCACCGGGACAACAUCUAUGCCUUGCUUGGCAUUGCUUCAGACGCUCGCGCCAGCAACACCCUUCGUCCAAACUACCAAGUUUCGCUAGGUCGCGCAAUAUGCCACACCAUCUCAUUCUUGCUCUUUGACGAGGCUUAUGACCCGUCUGCGCGUCCAUUGCCCGAGGACAUGGACUUCACUACUUUUCUUCGUAUCCUACCGAAGCUUUCAGACUACAUUUUGGGCUGGGCGUUGCAAACCUCAGCACCUCGACAUCCGAGUUUUUACUGA